CGUCACGUAAUGGACGCCAUCGUUUAUGCUUGCGUGAGAAGAUAAUCGUUUAUUGUGUUUUCAUUGAGAAAAACACAAUUUCCUAUGGAAGUCUUUGUGUAUUUCGUGUUGAAAAAUAAUAGAAAAAGUUAUUGAACACAUGAUAGUCAUUGAGCAUUCUUGCGUGAGGUGCGAAGUGUGUUAGUGAAGAACGAGUGUGCACGUAAGUGUGUACGAGCUGCCUAAGAGAAAAGGUUUAAAGGCGCCAGAACUGCAUUGGCUUCAUACAAGAAAGCCCGAAAAAUCCAGAAAUACAAAGCCUGGAUGACGGGACAAGUUACAACAUACUUUUGAGCAUUAGUGAAAGUGAAUUUCAAAUAAAAAGUGAAAUUAUGGACAAUAAUACAGACGGAGACAACUUAAAUCUGAGCUGUGGAGAAAAUGAUAUAGUAGAUGAAUUAAAAAUUGCUGCAGAUGAAACUUAUGAUACACGCAGUGAGGUUUCAUCCAGUAGUUCAAAUUCUGAUUCUAGUCAACCCAGUAUAAGUUCUGUCUCAACAAAAUCCUCACGUGGAGAUAAUAAACGAAAUCGGAAAAAUAGAGGGAAACGUGGUAGAUCAAGAGAUUCUAAAUCUUCUAGUCCUGAAACAAAACGUGCAAGAUCCAAGGAAAGUAAAGGAAUUGCUAAAAGUUAUGAUUAUGCUACAAAAUUAAAUUACUUAUUCAGAGAUGCAAGAUUUUUCAUCAUCAAGUCAAACAAUGCUGAAAAUGUUACACUAUCAAAGGCUAAAGGUGUAUGGAGUACGUUACCUCAAAAUGAGGCCAACCUAAAUCAAGCUUACAGAGAAUCUAGAAAUGUCUUACUUGUGUUUUCUGUGAAAGAAUCAGGAAAAUUUGCUGGUUUUGCUCGACUUAGUACAGAAUCUAGAAGAGAUGGAGCACCAAUUUCCUGGGUAUUGCCACCUGGAUUGUCUGCUAAAGCUCUGGGUGGUGUGUUUAAAGUGGAUUGGAUAUGUAGAAAGGAAUUACCAUUUACAGCAACAUUGCAUUUAUAUAAUCCAUGGAAUGAUGGUAAACAGGUAAAAAUUGGUCGUGAUGGACAAGAAAUUGAACCAAAAGUUGCAGAAGAAUUAUGCAGACUAUUCCCAGAGGAUGAGGGAAUUGAAAUGACUCCAAUUUUGAGAAAGUCUAAAGAAGCGGCAAAACAUAUAAUGAAAUCUCGUUCAUAUCGAGAUAAUAGACCUGUUAAUAAUAGUUCUAGAUUUUUACGAUCAAGGGGUGGCAGAGGACGUAGACUUUUUUUAACCUCACGAUCUCGGUUAGCUUCUUUAGCUAGAGGAUCUUACUUAGCUGGUAACGAACACAGAGGAUCGAGAGAUCAUCAUCAUCAUCAUCGAUAUACUAGCUGGUUUAAUCGAAGCGAUUCUCCCUAUUCGAAAGGAUAUGGUAGUCCUGGAUUGGGUGUAGCUGCAGCAGCUGAAGCAUAUGUCGCAGAUUAUAUGCGUACUAUGCAACACCAAUUACCACCAUUACCUCCUUAUGCUGCACCUCAUCCUUAUGAUUCUUUACCUCCACCGCCACCGCCACCGAGGUAUUACGAUGGUCUACCAUUGCCUCCGGACUAUAGUGCAGCAGCUUCCGCGCUUGAAAAACGCAGUUACGAAAGAAGUGUAGAUGAAUUUUUAUGGAGAACAGCGAGUCGUCAUAGCCGACAUAGUGAUCAUCGAUCUUCCCGUGAUCAUCAUCAUAGAUAUAGAGAUCGUAGAUAAGAAAUUUUUAAUAUUGUCUUCAUUCAUUUACUCUUUCAUUUUUCAAUUCAUGCACAUGUUUGUAAGGGUUUUCAUGGUAUCGUGACAUUUAUAAUCAUGCAGUAAUAACUGUUCAUUACAUAAUUACUUGUGUUAGUAAUUCAGAAAAAUAUAAUUAAAAAUUUUUAUCGUAAACAUUUGGAUAAUGUAUCAUUUUUAAAGUAAACGAGGUACACUGUUGUCUUUCUGAUAAAAUGGUGCAUUCAGAAGUAUUUCAAUACUUCAUAUGUGUAAUAAUAAUCAGUAAAAAUUAGAAAUUUAAUUUUAUCAACCAUUUAUUUCAUGAUUAUGUAAAAAAAAUGAAAUAAUAAACAAAUGAAAGAUAAAACGAAUACUAUAGAACUCAACAGUGAUUCACAAUUGAUUAAAUCCUACAUUAUACGGAUUUAGUACUAACGAAAAGUAAGUUGUUCUUUUUUAUUCAGUAUUGUUUGUUUACUUUUAUAUUGUAUUAAAUUUAUAUAUUAUUGAUAUAUUCUUUUAUGAACUUCACACGUUACUGUUUAACAGUCUUUCUUAUACGUAGAAAUUUCAAUUGUGAAUCAAUAUAAUUAUAAUUAUAGUAUAAUCAAACUCGAAUUGGUGGAAUAACGUUCAAUAUAACAUUUCAAUAUAGAUCACUGGCAUUGAUUAAAAAAUUAACAUUUAUAAUACUUCAGAAUAAACACAUUAUUUAAUAUCAUCAUUAUUUCAGUUAUUAAGAUUUCAAAUUUCAUAAGAAAAUUGAUAAAAAUAGUCGUCAAUUAUAAAGUAUGGAAUACUUUCAGCACAAUUAACUUUUAAAUCAUUACCAAUUACGGAAACAGCCUAAUAUUACAAGUGUCUAUUAAAAUUAGCGAUUUAUGAUACCAUAUGUUUUCAGUGUUAUUUCGUAGUAAAGAAUAAAAAAAUAUAUUGGUUUAA